AGAGCAAUAAGAAGAAUGAAUGCUUCUCUGGUAAAUGUUCCCCAGGAUCUGUUAACAUUCAAGGAUGUGUCUGUGGACUUCUCACAGGAGGAAUGGGAAAGUCUUGACCGUGCUCAGAGGGCAUUGUACAUGGAUGUGAUGUUGGAGAAUUACAACAAUCUACUCUUUGUGGAGAAUAAUCAUGUAUGUAUCAAGCAUGAUGAAGUCUUGGAUCAAGGCACAAAGUAUAGUGUCCCUGAGAAUGUGAUUAUUCAAGAGAAGUCUAAUAAAUGGAAUGAAUGUGGAAAAAUGAUUGAUGAGUCCUCCAAAAGUACAGCUUAUCAAACUAACAACAGAGAAGCCUCCAUUGAAUCAUCAAACAGACAUAAAACUGAGAAUGCCAUGGAACCAUGCAAAUAUAAAGACUGUGCGAAUGCCUUCAAUUUGUAUUCCAUCACUAGUCAAAAUCAAACAGUGCACCUAGAAAUGAAAAAACACAACAAAACACAGUAUGAUAAAGUUUCUCACUCUAAAUGUAAACUCGUGCUAAAAGGAAACAAUAGUGGAAUGAAACCACACAAGUGCAGGAAGUCUGGGAAAUUCUUCAAGAUGUACUCAAGCCUGAGUAGACCUCAAAGAGUUCAUACUAGAAAGAAACACUAUAAAUGUACAAAAUGUAGUAAAUCCUUUCUGCAUUUGUCACACUUCAAACUACAUUACAAAAUCCAUUAUGGAGGAUAUCCCUACAAAUGUACAGAAUGUGGUAAGUGCUUUUAUUAUGUAUCAGACUUUGAAAGACACUACAAAAUCCACCCUGAAGAGAAUACUUACAAAUGUAGUUUUUGUGGCAAAUCCUUUAUAUGCUGUUCAGGUCUUAGAAAACAUGAGAAAAUUCAUGAAGGAGAGAGGCUCUUUGAAUAUAACCAAGGUACUAGGUCAGUCUGUACAUUUUCCUAUGGUGGAUACCAUUACAAGGCAGAUACAAGAGAGAAAUGUUACAGAUGUAAAGAAUGUGGCAAAUCCCUUUCCACAUCCUCAGGACUUAAAAUACAUCAGAGAAUUCAUACAGGAGAGAAACCUUACAAAUGUAGUGACUGUGAUAAAUCUUUUACCCAGAAGAGCAAUCUUAGAAUGCAUCAGAAAAUUCAUACAGGAGAGAAUACUUUCAAAUGCAGUGAAUGUAACAAAUGCUUUACCCAGAAAUGUCUUCUUAGAACUCAUCAGAGAACUCAUUCAGGAGAAAAGCCUUACAAAUGUAGUGAAUGUGACAAAGCCUUUGCUGAUGGCUCAUAUCUUAGAAGUCAUCAGAGAAUUCAUUCAGGAAAGAAACCUUACAAAUGUAGUGACUGUGACAAAUCCUUUAACCGGAAAGACCACCUUAGAAUUCAUCAGAGAAUUCAUACAGGAGAGAAACCUUAUAAAUGUAGUGAAUGUGACAAAUGCUUUACCCAGAAAGGCAGUGUUAGAAUUCAUCAGAGAAUUCAUACAGGAGAGAAACCUUACAAAUGCAGUAAAUGUGAUAAAUCUUUUACCAAGAAAGACUGUCUUAUAAUUCAUCAGAUAACUCAUACAGGAGAAGAACCUUACAAGUGUAAUGAAUGUGAGAAAUCCUUUAACCGGAAAGAGCAUCUUAGAGCUCAUCAAAGAUUUCAUACAGGAGGGAGAAUUUACAAAUGUAGUGAAUGUGAUGAAUCCUUUACUCUGAAAAUCAGUCUAAGAAUUCAUCAGAAAAUUCAUAUAGGAGACAAGACUUAUAAAUGUAGUAUAUGUGACAAAUCCUUUAACCGGAGAAACCAUCUUAGAACUCAUGAGAGAAUUCAUGCAGGAGAAAAGCCUUACGAUUGUAGGGAAUUUGAAAAUUCCUUUACCCAGAAUGGCUCUCUUAGAAUUCAUCAGAGACUUCAUUCAAGAAAGAAACUUUACAAAUGCAGUGAAUGUGACAAAUCCUUUACUAGCAGCUCAUAUGUUAGAAUACAUCAGAGAAUUCAUUCAGGAGAGAAACCUUACAAAUGCAGUGAGUGUGACAAAUGCUUCACCAGUGGCUCAUAUCUUAGAAUGCACCAAAGAAUUCAUACAGGAGACAAACCUUACAAAUGUGGUGAAUGUGACAAAUGCUUUACUCAGAAAUGCAGUCUGAGAAUUCACCAGAGAAGUCAUACAGGAGAAAAACCUUACAAAUGUGGUAAUUGUGACAGAUCCUUUACAAGUGGGUCAUAUCUUAGAAUACAUCAGAGAAUUCAUAAAGGUGAGAAGCCUUAUAAAUGUAGUGAAUGUGACAAAUCCUUUACCCAGAAAGGCUAUCUUAGAAUUCAUCAGAGAAUUCAUAAAGGAGAAAAACCUUACAAAGGUAGUAAAUGA